AAGUUACCGGGUGUUGAACGUUUACGGUGAUCCAGCCAAUGUAUUUACACAGGUGUAAAAAACCCAGAAGAAAAUAGUCGAUGAUCAAAUGGACCGUGAAGCUUUUCUUCUUCCUCGAUUCCCUCCAAAACCCUCUUCCCCAACGGCUUUACCUGCCAUUUAAACCCAUCCAAACCUCAGUUCAAUUCAGCACUGAGGCAAAAACCCUAAACCCUAAUUUCACACCCACUUCUGUAUUAUACUCUAAGCUCUUGUCACAAUGCACUGCUUCCAAAUCUGUUGGUGUGGGCAGGGAAAUCCAUGCCCACAUGAUCAGAUUCGGAUGUUCCGAAGACCCAAAUCUUCGGAACCAUCUGAUCAAUUUGUACGCGAAAUGUCGGUUUUUCAGGCACGCCCGGAAACUGGUUGAUGAAAGUCCUGAACCAGAUUUGGUGUCUUGGUCUGCUUUGAUAUCUGGGUAUGCCCAAAAUGGGCUUGGUAAAGAAGCCCUUUCGGCGUUUCGUGAGAUGCACUCGUUGGGUGUUAAGUGUAAUGAGUUUACGUUUCCGAGUGUUCUUAAGGCGUGCUCUAUUACUAAAGAUUUGGGAUUGGGGACGCAGGUUCACGGGGUUGCGCUGCUUACAGGGUUUGAGUCCGAUGAGUUUGUUGCGAAUACUUUGGUGGUAAUGUAUGCGAAAUGUGGUGAGUUUGGGGAUUCCAGGAGGCUCUUUGAUGCAAUUCCAGAGCGGAAUGUUGUUUCGUGGAAUGCGUUGUUUUCUUGUUAUGUGCAGAGUGAUUUCCAUGGAGAAGCAAUGGAUUUGUUUCAGGAAAUGGUUCUGAGCGGAGUAAGACCUAAUGAGUACAGUCUGUCUAGUAUAAUAAACGCAUGCACUGGGUUCGGGGAUGGCAGUCGAGGAAGGAAAAUUCAUGGAUAUAUGAUAAAGCUCGGAUAUGAAUCUGACUCAUUCUCAGCAAAUGCACUUGUUGACAUGUAUGCCAAAGUCAAAAGUCUUGAAGAUGCAGUGACAGUUUUUGAGAAAAUCGAACAGCCCGAUAUUGUUUCCUGGAAUGCUGUUAUUGCUGGUUGUGUUCUUCACGAGUACCAUGGUCGGGCUCUAAAAUUUUUUAGGCAAAUGAAAGGGUCAGGAAUCCGUCCAAAUAUGUUCACAUUAUCGAGCGCACUUAAAGCCUGUGCCGGACUGGGGUUCAAGAAAUUGGGUAGGCAGUUGCACUCGUUCUUGAUAAAGAUGGAUACGGAAUCAGAUUCAUUUGUCAAUGUUGGACUGAUAGAUAUGUAUUGCAAGUGUGAGAUGAUGAGCAAUGCAAGGGUUCUUUUCGAUAUGAUGCCAAAGAAGGACAUGAUUGCAUGGAAUGCUGUGAUCUCAGGACAUUCGCAGAAUGGGGAAGAUAUAGAAGCGGUAUCCCUCUUUUCUGAAAUGUAUAAGGAGGGGGUAGAAUUUAACCAGACUACCUUAUCUACAGUCCUCAAAGCCACGGCGAGCUUGCAGGCCAUAGAUGUUUGUGAACAAGUUCAUGCACUUUCUGUCAAAACAGGUUUCGAAUCUGAUAUGUAUGUUAUAAAUAGCCUUCUCGAUACAUAUGGAAAAUGCGGCAAAGUAGAAGACGCGGCAAGAAUUUUUAAAGAAUGCCCAAUUGAGGACGUGGUGGCUUUUACAUCGAUGAUCACAGCCUAUUCGCAAUAUGAACAAGGAGAAGAAGCUCUAAAACUCUACUUGCAAAUGCUGGAGAGGGAAAACAAACCAGAUUCAUUUGUAUGCAGUUCUCUUCUGAAUGCUUGUGCAAAUUUGUCUGCAUACGAGCAAGGGAAACAGAUCCACGUUCACAUUCUCAAGUUCGGAUUCAUGUCUGAUGCUUUUGCCGGGAACUCUCUUGUUAACAUGUACGCAAAAUGUGGAAGCAUAGAAGAUGCAGAUCGUGCUUUCGCUGAGGUACCUGAGAGAGGAAUAGUUUCAUGGUCUGCAAUGAUUGGAGGACUCGCUCAACACGGGCAUGGAAGAGAGGCCUUAAACUUUUUCACUCAGAUGCUCAAGGAUGGCGUUCCCCCCAAUCAUAUUACUUUAGUAAGUGUCCUCUGUGCGUGCAAUCACGCAGGUUUGGUAACGGAAGCCAAAAAGUAUUUUGAGUCCAUGAGAGAGUUGUUUGGAGUUGUGCCGAGGCAAGAGCAUUAUGCUUGCAUGAUUGAUCUCCUUGGCAGAGCAGGGAAGAUAAAUGAGGCAAUGGAGCUUGUCAACACAAUGCCAUUUCAAGCGAACGCAUCUGUUUGGGGGGCACUUCUUGGUGCUGCGAGAAUCCAUAAAAAUGUUGAGCUUGGCGAGCGCGCUGCUGAAAUGCUCUUAGUUCUUGAGCCCGAGAAAUCUGGUACUCAUGUACUUCUUGCAAACAUUUACGCAUCAGCCGGCAUGUGGGAUAAUGUGGCGAAAAUGAGAAAACUUAUGAAAGAUGACCAGGUAAAGAAGGAACCUGGGAUGAGUUGGAUUGAGGUCAAAGACCAGGUACACACGUUUAUAGUAGGAGAUAGAAACCAUUCAAGAAGUGAUGAAAUUUAUGCGAAACUCGAUGAGCUUUUCGACCUAAUGUAUAAAGCCGGCUAUGUUCCAAUGGUGGAGAUGGACCUCCAUGAUGUGGAACAAAGUGAAAAGCAGCGGCUUCUGCGCUACCACAGCGAGAAGCUUGCAGUGGCUUUCGCGUUGAUUGCCACUCCGCGGGGAGCUCCCAUUAGGGUGAAGAAGAAUCUAAGAGUAUGCGUGGACUGCCACACAGCACUCAAGUUCAUCAGUAAAAUAGUUUCCAGGGAGAUUAUUGUGAGGGACGUCAAUAGAUUCCAUCAUUUCAGAGAUGGUUCUUGCUCUUGUGGGGAUUAUUGGUGACAUAACUGCAACGAACUUUUACUUCUUCCUUCGAAUUCGAACCGAAUUUUUGUACCAUUUUAUGUACUAUUACAGUGUAAUUUUAAUAAAUUAAGAGUUGUUCUUUUC